GCUGCGAUGCUCGAGAAGACCAGGCGGGAUGCGAAUGUCGCUGAUGGAGAAUAUAUAAGAGACUUGGUCUGACGACACCGUCCCCACGCAUCUUUCUCCCUCCGUUCAUCUUCUACGCUAGUCUCUCUCUAAUCUUUUUUACAGGUCGAUUAUUUCUAUACCCUCAACAUGCGAAGCCCCGUCCUCGCCUUUUCUAUCAUUGCUGCUACUGUUAGCCCUUCGCUUAUCUCCGCUGCUCCCACCGGUAAUGCUGGCCUCAAUACAAUUGAAGGCUCUGUAGGUCAUGUCGUCCGUUCUGGAAUCCCCUCGGCAGCUCCCAACCUCCCGGCGGACCCUCUCGGUCUCGUUGGCGUCAUUCCUUCAACGGAUUCCAGUACCAACGACAAAUCGCACCACCAGAAGAAGCAGCCUCCCCAGAACAGCUCCGGUCCCUCGUCUGUCGCGAAGCGUGCUACGAACUCUGGUACCGCUGGAGGUAACGCGUACACUGGCGGAACUGCGGACGCUUCUGGCGGAAACGUCGGCAACUUCGCUUCGGAUGACACCGCGCCCCUAACCAGCGAUGCCUCUAACACUGGCGGCGAUGGCUCCUUCAGCGAGUCUGGCUUUGCGACUGGCGGUGACGGCGACGGUUUCGGCCCAGGUGGUAAUGCAUAUACGGGUAAUACGGGUCCUUCUCGCGGAGGCAGCAUCGUGAACGAGGGCGCAGGAGGGGUAACCAAUACUGGCUCCAAUACUGUCGGUGUCGGUGGGUUUUCUGGCAGUGGCGACGCUCAGGGUGGAAACGCUGAUCGCAAGCGUGCCUUUGAUGCUGCAACUGCUGGUGGUAAUGCCUACUCUGGUAACAGUGCCUCCACAUCGAGUGGUUCGGUUGUCAACGAAGGAGAUGAUGGCAGCGCGGUCAGUAAUACCGCUGCUUCAAACAUCGGUCCCGGUGUCGUUUCUGUUGGUCCCGGUGCUCCAACGUCUGAGUCUUUCACUGGUGCGGCUGACGGUGGUAAUGGCGGUGACUUUGGACCGGGUGGUAACGCACACACUGGAAACGCCGGACCUUCCAAUGGAGGUUUCAUCUACAACUCGGGUGGAGAUAUCACCAAUGGAGCGUCCAACACAGCUCCCAACGGCGGUGAUUCUGACAGCGGUCCUGCUCGUGGCGGCGAUGUCAACAGACGUGCCGACGAUGACCAGACUGCGGGAGGAAACGCUUACACAGGAAGUUCUGGGAAUGUGAACGGAGGUGACGUCGUAAAUGAAGCGGACGAUAAUGCUACCAUCACCAACACAGGCGGCAAUACUGCUGGUACCGCAGGUCAGAGUUUCACUGGUCAGGCCGAUGGUGGUGAUGGUGAAGGUCGUGGUCCCGGAGGAAACGCUUACACCGGAUACACCGGGAGUUCGCGUGGUGGAAACGUCGUGAACAGCGCUGGAACGAUCACAAACACUGCCGCCGCGAAUACCGGUGGCAACGGCAAUCAAAACGUCUCAGGGGAUGCCAAUGGUGGAGAUGCAGGCCCAGUCCCUCCUUAAGAGUUGCGUCUUCGUGUGCUGUUUUAUGAUUCAAUUUGUGGCUCUGGUAGUUAAUGUGCGGAGGACAAGCUCUAUACCCACACUCUCUAAUACAAGCUGUUGGCACAUCUACUUAUCUCAUGAACGGUGGCAUGCCAAAACGCGGUCACGUGUGCAUGUGAUGAAUGCGAUGAAUAUAUUGGUCCCAAAAUGGGAACCACAGUUGAACUU